AGAGUGGGGAGUGAGAUCAUCAGUUGGCAGUGCCAGCCGCGGAUUACGCAUCUCACGCGGCGCCGCCACACACCACACCGCGAUGGCCGAUCUCCACCUCCUCCACCCGCCGGAGCCCGACACCAACGGCGGCGCUGCCGCCGCCCCCGCCUCCGCCGCCGCGCUGCUGCUCCCCGGCGACCCCGCGGCCGAGGCGGCGGCCGCGGCCGCGGCGGACCCCCCCGCCCCGCCCUACUCCAAGCGCCGCCGCCGCCCCAGCGUCCGCCUCGGCGACAUUGGCGCGCAGGCCACGGCCUCCGACGCGCAGCUCCCGCGCCGCCACCGCAAGCCGUCGUCGCACCCGCGCCCGCCGCGCCGGUCCCACCCGGACGACGCCCUCGACCCCAACGCCCGCGCCCGCGGGCCCAAGCCCGGCCAGCGCCGCCCGCGCACGGCCUGGAUCCCGGCUCCCCACGGCGGCGCCGACGGCUACGAGGACGAGGAGGGCCACCACCACUACUACGACGACGCCGACCAGUCCGACUCCGCCGCCGCCGCCGCCAGGGCCGCUAGGGUUUCGGGCAGCCGCGAGGCCAGCGUCGAUGAGUCUGACGGCGUCGCCGACUGGGGCCUCCCCAACGGCGGCGCGGCCUGCUACGGCGGCGGCGGCGGCGUCAGGGCCUGGCUCGACGGGCUCGGCCUCUCCCGGUACGCCCCCGUGUUCGAGAUCCACGAGGUGGACGACGAGGUGCUCCCGCUGCUCACCCUGGAGGACCUCAAGGACAUGGGCAUCGGCGCCGUCGGCUCCAGGAGGAAGAUGUUCGCCGCCAUCCAGAAGCUCCGCAGCACCGACACCGUGUCCUGAGUUGGCUUGCAGGGCUGCAAGCUCACUGAUUCUCAGAAAUACAGAAAAGGAAAGAGAAGGGAGAAGAUGAUCCAGUCAACUGGCUAAAGGCAUAAAAGGAAUGCUAGGGAUAAAUGUCGGGGAGGGAGGCUGAGGGGGUUGCCACUGAUUACUGUGGCAGGGUGGCAGCAAAUGUCCAUGCUGCUGGGGCUCGAUAGCGCCACAAUGGCAGGCCAGGCGCGGAGGUAACCACUGGAAUGUUUUGUUUGCAUGUAUGUUUGCAAGCAUGUAUGUCUUGUAUGUAAGGUAAGGGGCUUACCUGAUGAUGAUCGCCGGUCCUUGGGUGAAUUCUGUUCAGCACUAGGUAGGAUGAAUGAAAUGAGCAUGGGUCUGGCAUGGGGUGUGGUAAGAGGUACUCGGGUAGCCAGGGUGACUUGCCCAUGGAACCGCCGGACGCCGCUCUCUGUGGCAGAGAGCUCGGCUGCCAAGGGAGUUUCACAGGCAAAUCAUCCUUGGCUAUCGAAGAUGGCCUCUUACCCCCAUCCAAGACCUCGCUCACCUGUGUCCUGUGCGCUGGUGCACUAGCUAACUGAUGAUGCUUUCAUGCCCUGCCUGGCCAUGUAUUUA